AAUAGAAAAUGGGGCAAAAAUGAUUUCAUUACAUUUGCUGGAGUAAUUGCGGCCCGUCUACAUUAUAUUAGGGCUUCAUACAAAUGGACAAAAAAUGAAACAAGAGUGGCUAAUUAUUUGACAGAAGAAAUAACAGCUAUGAAUGCUUCAUCGGUUUAUAAAGAAUUUCUUAAAAAACUUCUAUUAAACUCUAAUUCUUUGAUUCAACUGUUCAAAGACAAUGAUGUCGAUGAAAAUCUAAAUCGAAAUAGCUCUGAAGGCGAUGAAUUUCUAAUGAAAUCAGUCAUUAUACACUUAAUUAUAUUACAUGCUUCCAUCCCAAAUAAUGCAAGUCCACUGGCUGCUUAUCUCCAUCAGUUACAAGCUUGUCGAAAUGACUUCAUUCUGACGAGUCCGUCUGAUGUAGAAGGAGUUGUUAUGAAUGCAGUCGCCUCCGUCAGAAAUUCAGAUGAAGGUUCAGGUGAUGGUGUCACCAGGUAUCAAUGCAAAUGCGGCGAAAAAUUUUUUGUCUUUGAUUGUUGGAAUUUUGGAAAACCUAAAGAAAGACCUAGCAUUUCGGGUAAGUGCAUAAAUUGCAAGAGAGUUAUUGGUUAUGGUUCAAUUGAAGGUGAAUAUAGUCGCUUGGAUAGGAGCUUGAUUAAAUCUGUACCAAUCAAUCAUGAGUCUGGAUACAUAGUUGAACAAAUUUCAACAGAAAAAACACAGAAUGUCCGCAUGAUGACACCACAAGCUUAUCGCAUAUUACAUUUGUUUGUACAUGCUCUACUUGGUGCAUCUGUACCAUCGUCUAUCGCAUCGGAAUUUUUUGCAAAGAAUGGUAAUAAUGCUGGAGAUACGAUGGAACACUGUCUUCGAAAUAUUCGCAAUGACUGGAGGGUGCUUAAGGAGAUUUUUAAUUGUAACAACGAACAAUUGGCUUUGAUUUUGCAUUCUAUUAUCUUUUCAAUGACAGAAAACCCAUCAUUAGACGAAUGGAAAUUGGAUACCCCAGAAAAACGGGAAGAGUGGGAAAAUAAAUUUAGCAUAGAUCUUAAUUUUAGUGUCUCUAAU